ACAGAAAUGGCUUAUGUUAAUGUUGCUGAAUGGUCCCCGGAACAUGUUGCCGAAUGGUUAAAAGGUUUAGAAUAUUCACUACUACCAUAUGUUCAUUUUUUUUUAAACAAUGAAAUAAAUGGGUGUCAUCUUUUAAAUCUGACGGCUGAUGAUUUAGAAGAUCUUCAUAUUUUUAAAGUUGGGCAUCAGCAGUUAAUAUUGGAAGCAGUGGAGCUGUUAAAGCAGUUGCAUUACAAUCUUACAUCAGAAACCUUACAAUCAUUAGCUGUGAAAUUAGGAUGUAAAGCUCGUAGUCUGUAUAAUGAUCUUAAACUCAAUGGUCCACAAGAACAUGUAGAAAAUGUGCGGCAAGAAAGAGUGUCUACGAAUGUAUUAUCUGCUGUCUCAGAGAUAUUGACAUCAGUGAAAGCCUUAGUGUCAUGGUUAGAUAGACUUCCAUUUCAAAGGGAUCCUUUAUGUAUCAAAUUGAAGAAAACAGUUCUGAAGUUGAGCAUAGAACUUGCAUCAACAACACAACGAGAUCAAUUUGCUGAACGUCCUCAUUCCUUGAUAAAAAGAAAUUCACUACAUCUUGCUGAACUAUGUGACAAAUUUGUUCAAGAUUCAAAAGAUUCUCUUAUACUCCAACCUGCAUCGUUGGACAUUGCUAUGAUAAAAAAGAAACCUGAUGAAGAAUUGGGUAUACACAUCAAGUCAACUUAUUCUGGUGUGCAUAUUAUUGGAGGUAUAAAAGAUCAAAGUCCGGCGAAACGGUGCAACAAAGUUGAAAAAGGUGACGAAAUAAUACAAGUCAACUAUCAAACAAUUAUUGGCUGGCAGCAGAAGAAAUUAGUAACUGCCAUGACAGAACACUCUACUGAAUUACAUUUAACAUUGAAGAAAAGACCGAGACAUAUAAAUAUAUCUGGAGAAGUUAUCAUUUUAAGACCAUAUCGUAUUCCUUCUAAAACGACUGCAAAUAAAUGUCAUAAGUGGUCUGAAGAAAAUCAUUUACGAGGACAAGAUACAUGUUCAACAUCAAAUGAAAAUGACUUUAAUGAUGAUGAUGAUGACGAUUCGGCAUUUCUUCCAGCAGAUGCUACUGGAAGUCAUCUAAUUUUAACUCCUGAAAUGUCCUUGCAUCGUAGAUUAUUUCCAUACAUGUCUCCAGCUGCUGUGCAAAGGCGUGCUACUGUUAGUGGGGCUUCUCCAACAGUUUUAAAGCCACCAAUAAAUAUUGAAGAUCUUGUAAAUGGAGUUCCUCGUAUAAAAACUAGUGAAAAUUUUGGCCGUAGUAUAUCUCAUGAUCCUGCAUGCCACAAAUUAAACGUUCCUAACCUGAAAUCUGAGGACCAGCUUGAAAACCUUAAAAGCAAAGAUGAAGCUGAGAUAAAUGUAGAAGAGAAAGAUUCAGCCAAAGCAUUGCUUGUUCCUGUUACAUCAAAUGCAGAUGACUUGCUUUCUGGGGAUAUUGGUCUUGCUGCUUUUGAAACUCUUCCACUGCAAGAAGAAGAAUGCUCUAUGUUUGAAAAUAAAAGUUUAAGUAAAACAGAAGAGAGUUGCAUUUCAAGAAAAGAAACUUCAGAUGAGUUUGCUAGUUCCUCCAAAAAUGAUACUUUAUCAGAUUGUUCAAGCAUUGAUUCUCAGAUUGCAGAUAAGCAUACUACUGUCCUGUACAAUUGGGAUGGCGUAGACACUGAAUUUUGUGGCCGACGUCCAAGUGUACAAGAUAUUGCUAAUGAAGUUGCUGGCAUCAGAGUUUCUGAUAUUACUCCUGUCUUCUUAAGAAAAGCUUCAAAGUUAGAAAGUUCUCCAAGUAAACAAAGUUUUCCAACUGCGAAGGAUACUGAAGAAAUGAGCAGUUACCAGGUUGUUGUAGUUGGAGGAGUUCCUCAAAUGUGUCAUGUUGAUAAGGAUAAAAGAGACAAAUCUAAACGACUAGAGGUUAUGGUGCAUGCCAAUAGAAAGAAAGAAAAUCAAGGGAAAAAGCUUGCUAGCAGACGUAUAUCUUGCAAAGAUUUAGGCAAAGGUGAUUGUGAAGGUUUUCUAUACAAACAGAAGGAGAAAAGAGGCUUUUUCCCUUCAAGCUAUCAGUGGGUAAAGCGAUGGAUUGUUCUUAAAGACAAUUUCUUGUACUCAUAUCGAGAUGUAAAUGAUCACAAAGCUGAAUGUCUCAUUUCUUUGCCUGGAUCUACAGUUUCUCCUGCUUUAGAAUGCAAGACAAAGAAAUACUCAUUUAAGAUAUGCCAACCGAAAACCACUUUUUAUUUUGCCACUGAAACCCUUGUGGAUUUAAAGAAGUGGAUGAAUAAAAUGGGGCUGGCUGCCAUAGCAUAUGAUGCAUCUUUAAAUGUUUCUAGAAAUGGAAUAUCAAAUUCUAAAUCAGUUUUAGGAGUUGUCAGUAACUUUUACAGUGAAAGUGAAGACAGUGACUGUGGCGGCAGUCCAGCAGCAAUGAGGAAUCUUGAUAUGAAAAUUAUAUCUAAUAAAUCUUACUCUGAAGCCCAACAUAAUGUAUACAACAAUGAGGAAACUAAUAGAUCCUCCACUCUGACUGCUAGUUGCACCCUUCAAAAAGAGAAAAUAUCCAGUAAAACAAGUUCUGAUUAUUUUGCAGAUAAAAGUGAAAGCAGAUGGGAUACAGUAGAUCAAUUUGCAUCUGAAGUGUAUUAUGCUCCAGACUCUAAUUCAAAAAUUGGGAAAAAAUUAAAUGCAAAUACUCACAGGGUUACAUACAAUAGAUCAUUCAGUUGCACAGAAUCCACAAGUAAUAAAUAUAGCAAUCAGUAUCAGUUAAUUAGGAAAAUGAGUCAUGAAAGCUCAAUUAGGAGCAAUAUUAAACCUGUUUGUGAACAGCCAAGUAUGACUGAAAGCUCAAAUAUUAGUAUUACAUGGGAUGCUGCUGAUGAGGAGUGUGAUAUGUUAACAUCAUCUUUAGGUAGACAACAGAAAGCUGUUGCUAAGGAAAUUACUCCAGGUCUUGUUGCACGGAUGGCAGUUUCAUAUAGCAAUCUAAGCCAAAAAAAUGCUUUAGUACAACCAGGCUAUUCAAAGAGAAGUAAUUCAAGAAAAUGCAUACCAGCUCCUGGAUAUGUUGCUAAAAUAUCUGAUUCAUUUGAUCAUAUGGCAAAAACAAUUUCUGACAAGCCUGUGAGACUUGAAAAUAGGGAGAAAGUAUUUCAGCAUGCUUUAUCUGCAAAAGAAAUUGUUUCUCUAAAACAGCAUCCUGCUUGUAAACGUAGUGCAUCUGAAAGUCAAGUGUCAAAACACUUUGGUAAAGUGCAUUUAAAUACAGAGUCAGGGAAUUAUUCCUCCUAUUUAUCAUCCAACUGUGCCUUAGCGUAUUCUAAACAGAGAGCUACUGAAUCACAGCCUAAGAGAUUUGUCAGCUUGCUUGAUAAGGAAUAUAAUAAAGUAUUUGAAGGAAAAAAAGUUUCCCAGUGUCAGUUGAAAUCUCAGUCUCAGCUUGUUUAUAAAAGUUGUGGUUCGCAAAUUCGUGAAAUGAAAUUUUUUCCUUGCAGUGAAGUGCUUCGGUCUAAGAUAACAUUGCAAAAUCAUAGUGGCACUAAUAUUUCUUCUGAUAGAUCUUCAGACCACCAAAAAGGAUCUUGUAAUUCUGAAUUACUGUAUAAUAGUCCUAAAGAAGUAGUUGAUAUUAAAUGUCAGUCUGGAAACACUAAUGUUAGCCCCCUUCCCUUGCAUUCACAUGAAGUGCAUUCUACAAAUCAAAAUGUUGCUGCUGAUUGGUCUUCAUCUUUUCAUGAUAAAACAUUUGAAUCAUCAGCAGGGAUAGAAAAUAUAGGAUUCUCGUUCACUGAUCAUGGAAGCAUUGGUAGCAUUGAAACUGAAAUUUCACUUACUUUUCCAAAUUCAGAGUUGGGGAACAAAGGCGCUGAAUGUUUGGAAAGUACAAGUUUUACAGAUCAAUCUAGUCUACACAAUUUAAACUUGCCCUCUGCUGUAUCUUCUGAAUCAGGGUCAUCAAGGAAUUCCAGUUUCAAAUUUUUUAGUUCUCCUAAAUUUAUGAAAAAGCUUACAUCUCCAAAAUUAGAUAAGAGAAAUAUAUUUAAGAGUAAAAAGCAGGGUAAAGAGAACAAAAAAGCUGAACAAAAGGAGUUAACAUCUGUUCAAAAUGAGAAAAAGUUUUUUGGUUCUCCUAGAUUAGUAAGAGCUAUAUUUGGAUCACCAAAAUCUCCAAAAAAGGUAGUCACAGUGUCAUCUGGAGUUCAGACUGAUAACCUUUCUGGUGCUUUAUCCCACACUGAAGAGAAGAAAAAGUUUCAUGAUUUAAAUCGCAAUGAAAGUUUUGUUAAUGCUUUAGAUUUGUGUCAAACUCUAAACCCUUAUGUAGAAUCUCAAAAUCAAAGUAAUUUGGGAUCAAAAAGUAGUAGCAAUAGCAGUCUUAACAGUAAUGUUUCGAACAGUCCAUCAUUUCCUAAUUCACAUUAUUAUGUAGAAACAAGAAUAAAGCCUCAGAUAACUAUUAGUCUUCCUUUGGUGUCAGACAAAAGCAAUGAAAACACAUUUUCUCCAGGAGAAACACUACGUACGCCAUUAAAACCUACAAUGGGUGUUGCUAUGCUAAGCAAAAAAAGGCUUCCCAGCAUAAGUGGUGAAAGUUCUGUAUCCAUUUCCUCAAAAAGUUCUCAUGAUGGAUCACUUAAAGAAGCAGCACAAAUAUGCUCAGAAGUUUCUGUUGAUGUCAACAGUUCUGGUUUACUUCUUCCAGGUUCUGAUAUGCUUGUUCCAGCUCGAAUUCAAGCCCCUUCCUCUUUGUCGGCCAGUUUUUCAUCCACUCCACCUAAAUAUAGUGACCUAAGUGACCGCGUCUCUUUUCAGUUGCAAGAAAAUCCUAUCUUCCUCCAUUUUGAUUAA